GCAUUCUGGGAAAGUUUGAGAGAUGGUGAGUGUAAAACGCAGAGUGCGGACCAGGGGUAAAAUGCAGACUGAGUGUAAAAUGUAGAAUGAGGACUGCAGACUUUUUACACUCUGUCUGCUGUUCGCACUCCGCAGUCCUCGUUUUACACUGACCUGUUUGAGAGAUGCUAUCGCUUCAAUUGGCUAUUUGGAGGUUGCAUAGGGUCGUGGGAAACCGGGUCAAAGUUCGUCCCCUCACAGAAAUUCAAACUGCAACUGGACGCUGCAUCCAGCCAGGCUCCCGUUGAAACGUGAAAUUUCCAGUGUUACUCUUGAAUGACAUUCAUUUACUUGUUGAAUUUAUAGAAGGCUGAGUUGACUGCCAAUUUAGAUAUGGCUUCGCAUUUCGUCAGUAGACAUUUGAUAGCUGGCGAUUUCGAUUCAUUUGCUUUGAAAAAGUAUGGAAAAGUCGCAACACUCGAAGGAAUUAAUGCAACCAUCGCAGAAUAUCAGGUAAUGGUAGACUCAUCUAAGGAUAGCCGUUAUUGAGUUUUUUUUAUAAGCCCUGACCUUAAACAUCUUCGUAAGGGGUUUUAAGAGGGCCUAUAAACGGAGGGACUUAUAUCUGAGGGAGUCUAUAACAGGUAGAUGGGCCUUUAACUUGGGGGCUCAUAAGUUGAGGGGCUUAUCAGGGGCAGUUUACCAUAUAUGGCUUUCUCGUUUUCUUAUUUUUUUACCCUUGAGAAAAACAGCUUAAUCACCUAUGAGAACUCCUCAAGAUGAGUCUUUUUUUUUUUGCAAAAUUAGUGAAUAAAGCGAUGUAGCUACACGUUUUUGCGGACGUUUUGUAAAGAAUUCUGUACAAAUCAUGUUACUUGAUAUCUUUUUUCUUGUUGCAAAUUUCUGGAAAGCUUUUCAAGGAGUAAAGAUGCAUGCUUUAAGUCAAGUGAACAUUUUAUAAAAUCGUGAUGUGACUGAUGGCUGUUUGGAAUACCUUACUUACCUUUACCUGUUUGUUUAUUCGAAAUGAUUAACGAUCAUGUAUUUCAGAAUAGACUGCUCAAGCUUCAUUUUGUUUGGAAGUUGAUGUGAUACUUUUUUGUACAAACAGAAUGUUACGUACUUCAAGCUGGAUGGGCAUUAUGUCAAUGCAUCUGUGCUGUUUAACGAUUUGUUGGCUGGUAAUGGUAUGAUUCAUGUGAUUGACAAGAUCAUGUGGCACGUCGGAGACUAUCAAGAAACACGUUCUGUAAGUUACGAAAAUUAAAGAUUUGCAGUUUUAUUGUUUUCUUCAAGUCGGUUGUUUUUCUGUUUAGAGCCUGAAAUGAAACAUCAAAUCGUUCUAACAAUCCGGAAUUCCUCGUUACUCAGUAAAUGACCAGUAGACUGCCUUGGUCAACCUACGAACCCUAACCGGGUGCGUAACACGAUUGUAACUUUUUUUUUGUUUAGUUGAGUUUUAUUGUACAUGGGAAACGUUUUUCUCUCUUCCAGAAAUCAUCGCUUCAGGUUCUCUUCAGUCAGAGCAGAUUCGCAGUCUUUGCAUCACUCUUACAGGUAUGAAUUAGAAAAGCAAAUCGAUGAGAAUCAACCAGAAGGAAUCCACGGAAAUUUCUGAGUUCCAGUUGGGUUUUGGACCCCGGGAGAUACUCCCGAAAAUUUGGGAUUGGGGUGUGCCGCCUUGGGUCUUACACCCUGACCCUAUUUAAGGAUGAGACAAACGAAGACUGAUCCCCUUGGUAAAAACCUGUAAAAUGAGACCCAUUUUCAGGAUAACACAAAACUUAAGAAUGUAACGGAAAAAAAAUCCUCCUAAAAUCGCUUCCCUAAUACUCUAAGGUAAAGUUCAGCUUUAACAGAUGAUUUGUUUCUCGUGUAGGUGGGCAUUUACGCGCUUGAAUUUUAGCUGAUAUAAUAACGGUAUGGGUGACACAUACCUAUCUCAAUGGCGGAUCCAGACCUUCGGAUGGGAGGGGUGGGUGGGGGCGGUCUCAAAAAUCUUUUUUGGCCCUUCCGGCUUCAGUUUGGUCCAGGGAUAAGGGGUGGUGGGGGGGGGGGGGGGGGGGCUCCCCUGGAUCCGCCUCUGUAUCUAGCCCAUAUAUGGGAGUACCCCGGGAUUUGAACGUACGACCUCCUGCACUUUAGACAGAUUCUCUAGCCAUUGAGCUACUGGAGACCCUGGAGAUCAAUGGUAUCUCUAGGGGUUAUGACAAAGGAGCUGCAUCACGCAGUCAAACAACAACACAUUAAUUGCUUAAGUGCAUCGCACAGUCACAUUAAUGAUCAGUAACAGUGCGGUAGGAUUGCGCACUAGGAAGCUAUUGUUUAGCGGUCACUCAAGCAAUUCAUUGCAGCGAGUUCCGUAUGCACAAAUACCCAAUGCCCAGUUGCCAAUGACCGAUUGCCAAAGCAGCCUUUAUCGAAUGAAGUAAAUUUUUGAUUUAAUGAAGGUUGCUUUAGGCAUUGGCCAAUUGCGCACUAGGAAGCUAUUGUUUAGCGGUCACUCAAGCAACUCAUUACCGUGAGUUCCGUAUGCGCAAAUACUCAAUGCCCAAUUGACCAAGCAACCUUUAUUGAAUUAAGUAAAUCAUAACUGAUUCAACAAAGGUUGCUUUGGGCAUUAGGAAUUGAGCACUAGGAAGCAACUAGGACCCAAGGAAUUCAUUGCAGUGAGCUCCUUAUGCUCCAAUACUCAAUGCCCAAUUACCAACGACCAAUUGCCAAUUAACCUUUAUUGAAUUAGGAAUAUACGAAUCCCUCACGUUUUGUUGUUUUAGUCUUCAGGAAUUGCUUCAGAGUUAUCUGGUCUGGGUGCUCAGUUUACCCUGUUAGCACCAGUAAAUUCCGCUUUCAAGGCGAUCGACAACACCACUAUGAGAUUCUUAACCGACACUGAUGCGGUAAGUAUUGCAGUUUGGGAAGCUUAAGAAGAUUACGAAGCUGGUUGAUCAUAAAGCUUGUAGUGGAAUUAUAUACCCUAUACACGACCCUUCAAGCUACCAAGCUUUAAAUGUCAUCACGUAUAAGUAACGGUUUUGUCUGAUUGGUGUAAAUGAAAACAAAAGAAAUCGUCUUUAUUUUACGAGGAAAGCACCUCUAAAGCAAUCUCUCCAGAUUGGCAAACCCGUUGCCCUCCAUUAUGGAAUUGAAAGUCGACAACUGAAGAAGUAAUUUGUGAGUUUUUUGUUAAGUCGUUUAUUUAGUCAUUUGUUUUUUGGUGCUGAAAAGCUUUCUGGGGCUUGCAAAAAUCACUGGUGCGUUUAAUAGACCGUGUGGCAUAAAUUCCUGAUUCCAGUCAUGCACGUUUGCAAUUACACUAAUGCAUUUUACCAUGUUGUCCUCAAGCUGCACGGGCGUGCUUUAGGUUUACUUCGUAAAGUGGCGUUAGAAAAACGAACCUAUGCCUAGACUAAGUGAAGCAUUUUACUUGGAAUUUUAUUUUUGUAUUCCCCUUUGCGUAAGUGUCUCUUGUUGCUCCCUUCUUUGAAAAUAAUUUUUAUACAGAACGUUUUCACUCACGUGGCCAGCAGCUAUGCAAAUUUAUUGAAACAAAAGAAAGCGUUUGCAUAAGAAAAGAAUUCAACUCCCACAGGACUGGUUUGGGACACCACCAUGGCCGCCGUUUCAUUGUUUUGGGACACCAAUAUGGCGGCCGUGACGUCAUGUGAAAACACUAUACGCCGUUAUAGGUAAUUUCUUGUUGCCACGUGAUCACCGAGAUCAAACUGCUAGAGUAAAGUGGACAAGUGAUGUUUUUUAAUCGCACACUGUUGUCUUUCUUGUAGGGAAGAAGAAAGAUGAAAUCCCUUUUGAGAAACCACAUCCUUACUGGAAAGGUAUACUUGAAGGUUACGAUAAAAUAGAUUAUUUUAAAAUGCAAGGCUCCCAGACGUUGCUGAAUUAAAGGAGCUUGGCCACGGCUGUCUAGUUCAUUUUGUUAAUAAUACCAAUUAUUCAAAAAUAUUUCGCCAUUUCUGAUUGGCUAAAAUCCCACGUAUAAUUCAUCAUAAUCAGCUAUUGUUGACCAAAUUUGGAAGAAUUUUGCGAUAUUUAACUGAUGACGUCAAUCGUGCAGAAAAAUUGACAGAUUAUUGAACCAUUAACCGAGAAGACCUGGGGACGAGUUAAAGUUGUUUUGGUAGUGAGUACAAAAUGGCGGAACAUUUUACUCGUUUCACGGCGAACUAUUGUCUAAAAAACACGGCAAGAACAGAAAAAAGACAGCUCGAAGGACGACAUCUGCUAUUUGGAGUAUAUUUGCAGACCCUGAACAGCCCUUUAUCUCCUAAACUUGCCGAUAGACUUGCACUAUCGAAAUGAACUUAACAUCUACGGAGGUCAGCAUGUUUUGGCGAAAUGACGUGUGAGAAACAAGCGCAGAAAUUCCAUACUGAUGACGUGUCACCACCCAGAACUGGGUAAUGCUUCUGAUUGGUCGUGCCGGGCGGGAAAUUUGCUUCAACCAAUCAGAAGCAUUACCCAGAUCUGGGUAGUGACACGUCAUCAGUAUGGGAUUUCCGCGCUCGUUUCUCAGACGUCCUUUCGCGGGAAACCAGUGGUAGCGUCGCCAAAUGUCGGUUGUUUUCUCAGGCUAAACAUUAUAAUGCGUUUCCUUUUUGUUUAGUGUAUUAACUUGUACACUCUGUUGUUGUUUUCCUUGCCAGUUCUCAAUUUUGGACCUGUUAUACAGCGGCAAAGUUGUAUCCGUGGAAGGCGAGUCAGUGAUUAUCAAGCUGCAUUCCAGGGUAAGAAGCGGGAUCAUUUUACUUUUCUGUGAAACUGCCCACCUACCCCUCCCCUAAACCAACAUUUUGCCUUAAGUAAGAACUAAGUGUUCAUGUUGGUUUAGGGGAGGGGUAGGUGGGUAGUUUCCCAGAAAAGUAAAAUGAUGGGAACCCUUUACUGCAGUGUUAAUCUUCUGCAUGAUGAUGAUGAUGAUGAUGAUGAUGAUGAUGAUGAUGAUAAUAAUAAUACCGUAAAAUUCCGAAAAUAAGCCCCUCCAUGUAUAAGCCCCUCCAAAUAUAAGUCCCCGACCCGUUAACGCAAAAAACCCUCCGUUAAAUCGCCCCUUCAAAUAUAAGUCCCCGGGGGCUUGUACUUGGAAAAUUGCCCUCAAAUACAAAGCAAAACAAAGCAAAAACGGUAAAUUUACUUCUAACUAUAAGGCUAGCCCAAUCGAUUUUGAAACGCACAUUUCCCUCCGAAUAUAAGCCCCUCAAAAAGGGCCUUUGAAAAAUAUAAGCCCCGGGACUUAUUUUCGGAAUUUUACGGAAAUCGGAUGUUUAUCCAGGAUAACCCUUCAGUACCAAGUACAAUUAUUAACGGGGUGCUGCAAGAUGCAAAAGUUAACCCUUUAACCUUCAGCACUGAUCUACAUACAAAUUCUCCAGACUGAUCUUCAAACAUUUCCUUGAAGAAUUAGUUGAGAGAUUUUGAUAAAAGAUCGUAGCAUUUUCACUUAGGUGAUCAUUGGAUUAAUUCUCAUAACUUUUCCUUUUGAUUAUCAGGAGAAAAUGUAUGUUGGUCACUCUUGGGACCCGGAGGGUUAAAGAUUAAUAGUAUAAUUAUCUAACACCGUUUAUAGUUUAUUGUCUUGGAAUCUCUGGUAGAAUUUUAUUAGGUACCCGAUGGUGGAGGUGAUGAUAUAAAGUGAGCUAGCUACUUCAUCAUAACUUGAUUCUCCUGAAGGUGUCUUAAUAUCCUGCUAUCAGAGCCUUUCUUUCACUUGCUCAAUUUUGGCAUACUCGCCAGGGGCACCCAACGAAAAUAUAGUUCAAAACCACUUAAACAUAGCAUUGUUGAUCGUAUUUUAGUAUUUAAACUGUAGAUAUAGGCAUAGUUUUAUCCCCUAAAAAUUUUUCAUCUGUUCGGAUUUCAUAGCUGAAAGUCUAUUGAUCCGAAAAUUAAAGGGAUCAAAACUUACCUUUUCGAAAAUUUCAGCCAGUACAGGAGCCGAAGUAAUCGGCUCCUGCCAGUAAAAAGGGUCCCGAAAAUUCUAGGUGACCUCAGUUUUAGGGUAAAAACCAGUUAAAAAUGGGCAAUUAUACCAUUUUUUAGAUGUUCGAAAAUCCUAGGAGAGGCAGGCAAGCAAGAAAUUUUACAAUAAAUGUUCCGAAAAUUCUAGAUUUCAAAUCGCCUUCCGAACAGAUAUUGUGCAAAAAUUGACGUUGGGUGCCCCUAACUCGCGAAAGGCUCUGCUUGAAUCGAGUAAGAUAUUAGUUGAGCAUGCGCUGUAUGUUGCUAGGAUACAGCUUAGAACCCAGGCCUAAUAGCCGUGCGCUUGGUAUGGCGGGUUCAGUUAUGACCAUUGGUUAAUAAAUGGAGCCUCCCACUAAAAAAAAGCAGUUUGACGAAAGAAAACGGGAUUGACUGGUACAGAAGUUCGGACUGCGGUGACUUCAGAGACUUGACGCGGUUCAGGAAGAGCCUUCUUUUUUCCUCCUCGAUCAAGAGGAAAACAAAAAGAAGCUUCGCGCUCAGUGUGAUCUCCUGAUGAAAAGGGAAACCACCACUGGCGUUAUAAUCUAUUUUUUGCAGGGUCUGAUUGUUUUAGGUGAAGAUGCUGUCGUGAUCAGUUCGAAUAUUUUGGCUAGUGAUGGAGUACUUCAUGCGUUAAACAAGCUUCUUAUCCCUGAUGAUAUUCAACCUUUGCUAACAAGAUAUUGCAACAGGAAGUCGUUUAGUCGUGUAAGUAGUUAUUUAAGUUUUUUUGACUUGAUAAAUAUAUGAAUUUCAUCUAUUUGAACUACUGAAGGAAUAAAUGCAAGGAAAAUAAUUGUAAUUAGUGACGCAACUUAAUAUGCAGUUGCGAAAAGAAAGCCUAAAAAAAUUCAGGCUUGCCAGGAUUCAAAAUAUUGCCUCUGCGAUACCAGUGCAGUUUUAUAGCCAGUUGAGCUAGUCAUUAAAUUGUUCGUAAUUAUGGAUUAUUACUUAUCGACAACGGCCUUGCAGGGUUUGAUCCAGGAAUUUUUGAUUGGGGUGGGUCCUCACCCCCCACACCCCCUCCCACCAGUCGCGGUUGCACGCUGUAAUUUUGAUGAUGUUUCAUUUAAAAAAUCAGCCAGUUUAAAAGUGAUAUACUAUCCUGUUGAUGUAAGCAUUUCAGUCUCAAGCAAGCGACAAGCGUCAGGUUUGAUAACGGUGGGGGGGGGGGGAUCCGGAUCUCCCGGACCCUCCCCCUGUAUCCGCCACUGGCCUUUUGUAUGUGUUGCUUUCCCUAAUUAUUUCAGCCCUUCUCUUAAUUAAAAACCUGCAGUAUGCUUCUUCAACAGGGCAUUUGUUACCGCUGUUCUGCUGUCCAAGCCUUGCCCACUAAGGGAUGUCCAAGAGGUUAUUCUCCAUCUGUAAGUCCUAAAUCUUAGUAAAAAAAAUACCUUUAGACUUCCGCUUAUAACCCCCUUCUCCCAGUAAUGGGUCAAUCAACCUGUAACGAAAAAAGAAAUACGCGGUUCCCCCCUGGGUAUAAGUUCCUUUCUAGCUUGUAUUCAAAUGAAUUCAGUUUUUGCGACGUUUUGAAGCUUAUAAAAAGUGAGUAACUUCAUAGUGUAUUUUAAUCAUCACUGCUAUGCAGCUUGUUUUAAAAAGUUUUUUAGUCCUGUUAUAAAGCCUCCCGGAUGUAAGUACACCCCUCCCCCCCCCCGUUUAUAAGCCCGCCUAAACCCCUUACGGAGUCGUAAAAGCCCAGGGCUUGUAAGCGGAAGUUAACUAUAUGUCGGUUUUACGAUUAUAUUGUCGUACCAAAAUGGUGACCAUGUUGGUUUACAACGAUGGUCUUGUGGGGAUUGAACUCUUUUCUCGUGCAAAAACUUUCUUUUGGUCCAAGACGUUUGUAUAGCUACUGAACACGUGGUUGAAAACUGCAUAUAUAAUCAGUAUAUUGCAGCGUGUUAGUCCCACGUUCAGUGAAGUAGACCGAUGGUCACUGCCGUUGAACGUUCAGCUCUGCGAGCUGAACCAACAUGUAGCAUAGUGGGUUAGUGCGCGGGAGUUUCCGAAUACAAUUCCGAGGUGUUACCUCAAACCUCUGUUUCGACUUCUUUCCUUUCCGUGUAGCUUUAAAUACCCGUAAAAUGGUGCACUGAUGGAGAGAGGGGUGUAAAAUGAGCGCACCGCCGGCCUCAGCUUUGUCAGUUGAAGUACUGUUACGAGUUGCCGACGGAAAAUAAGGACUAUUUCCAUUAUCUUUACCUUUUAUGAAUUUCAUCAGGCCGGUUGGGAGGGGAGGGGGGGGGAGGACGGGUGCGCUCGCACCCCAGAGGUCCACAUUUUUUUGUUGACCACCCCGUCCCCGCUUCCCCACCCAAGGACGUUUGAGCUUGUUUCACUAUUCAAAGAUCAUGAUGCAAGCAUCAUGCAUCAAACCUAGCGAAUAAUACGGAUUUACAACUUUCUUUCUACUUUUGUUUGUUUUUGAAUAGUAACAUCCUGCAUUUGCAUUCUAAAAAAAGUGUCAAAUAAAAUACUCUAUUUAAAAAAAAAAAAAUUAUUAUUGAAGAUCAAAAGUUUGAGAAAUACCCAGUUUUUCAAAAUGCUCGAAAUGCAGUCUCAGGUAACCUAAUUCCCCCCAACCCGCCUCCUCGUUGGAUCACACCUCCCCGUUAAAAAUCCUGGCUACGGGCCUGUUCAUUUCUCAAAUCCCUGGCAGAGUCAAGUAACUUCUCAAUAUCCAGUCAGGUUACGUCUGAAUCCGUUGACACCUUCCCUAUGAAAGAGGCUUUAGUAUUUUUUCUAGUGGUACUUAGAAAGUACUUAUGUUUCAGAACACGACCUCAAGAUGCCUUUACAGACUAUUUAUGCAAGGUGGCUUCCUUGUCGGAACAUAUGUUGGUUGUACAGCAAGCACAUGCUCUAUUGAGGUAAUAGCUUAAAGUGUAUAUGACGGAAUUUUAUUUAUUUGCUUGAAAGAAUCUACACUGUGCUCUGAAAAGGGUAACCAAAAAAUUUUCAAUAUCGAUUUCUCUCUUCCGUGUGUUAGCAUACCAAAAAAGUGAAAUUUCACUUCCAAUUGAGUAGAAAACCGUGCACUGAAAAACAAGACACCGGAAAAGAUUGCGACGUCUUUUCUGGUCUUUCUGUUUCGCGGCAAGUAAGAAACGACUGGGAAAUUUGCUUCUGAAAUUUUUGUCUGAACUAGUUUUUGGAAGGGCAGCACUUUGUCUCUUAGUGAUAAUGCAUUAGGAAUUCUUCUUUUCGAGAAAAGUGUGUUAAGUCCUUUUACCCUUUAAGUCUCAUUAUUCACAUACAAAUUCUCCAAACUGAUCUCCAUACAUUUUUCUAUUAAGAAUUAGUGGCCAGAAUUUGAUAAAAGAUCAAAGCAUUUUGCCUUAGUUGAUCAUUUAGUUAAUUCUCGCAAAUCUUUUUUUUGAUUACGGAUUGAUUUUGUGAGGAGAAAAGUGACAUUGAUCACUCUUGGGGCUUAAAGGGUGCAGGUAAAGCUGUUUUGCCUUCAUAACAGGUGCCAGAGUGCUGUGCAGGUUAUUAUGGAGCCCCUUGUCAUCCAUGCCCCGGACCGUUUGGAAAUGCUUGUAAUGGCAAUGGAAAGGUAUUGUGCAUAUAGAUAUAGAUACAAAUCAAUGGUGCAAGUGUUCGUGGCUUGUAAGUCUAAGGCCCUGUUUACAUGGAGGUGGGGGACCCCAGACAGGUGAGGUAACAUGUGGUGGGUCACCCCACCUGUCAUGUAAAUGUGUGCUAUUAAAAAUGAGAGCUUAUAUGUACAGGCUGGUUACCCCACCUAAGCGGGUUACCUCAUCUACCUGGGGUCCUCCACCCUCAUGUAAACAGGCCCUAAGGCUAUGUUCACACUAAAAUGGAGAGCUCUUGCGACGAUAAGAGAGCUUAACCGGAUAGGGAUUCUGUUCACACAUACGGACGGUGCUUUUGGCUUGAUUCUGGAGCGGAGGGAAGCUGCGCCUUGUGCUCGCGUAGAAUGUUCAAAUAACCCCUAAAGUGCCGUCUUAGUGCGUAGAACUGUGGUAUACGUCGGCUUAAUUGGUUGAAUAGCAUCAUUGCCAGUAGUCAUGAAGCAAGUGCGUGGCGUCCAUUGAAUUGUAUUGUACCGUGUAUCUUAAUUUGUUUACGCACAGAGCGCUUAGGAGUUCCGUUCCUAAGAACUCGUUUAAGCGUGUCUGAGCGUUCAAAAUCGAAUUGGAAUUUGGAAGUGUUUUGUAUUUACGGAGAGGGGAAAACUGGAGUACCCGGAGAAAAACCUCUCGGAGCUAUGAGAGAACCAACAACAAACUCAACCCACAUAUGGCUUCGACGCCUGGAUUUAAACCCGGGCCUCAUUGGUUGGAGGCGAGUGUUCUCACCACUGUGGCACCCUUGCUCUCCUAAAAGCAAUUUCUUUGGAGUUACUGAUAUUUCUUAUCAUCUUUUUGCUUUGUUAGUGUUUUGAUAGAGUCAGAGGCAAUGGGAGCUGUAUUUGUCAACCCAUGUUUAAAGGAACAGCUUGUGAGCUAUGCGAUCGAGACGAUAAGUUUGGACCAUCUUGCAACCAAAGUAUGACAUUUAUAUCUUCUCAUGCUUAUAUCCUUACUAUCACUGUCACGCCAUAAGACCACCACCAUCACCAACAUAAUUAAUUAGUCCAGUAAUGAUCAUCUGUACUGUCACCUUUCUUGUCGCCAACUUCGACAUUGGCGAGUAUCUAUCUUUGUCUUAAUUUCAUCGCCGAAAUGAUUUGCCAUCGUUAAAAUGGCUAAUUCCUUCACUGCGAUUAAAUUUUCGCUUUCAUUAUGUUAAUCCUCGUGUCUGUCAUCAUCAUCAUCAUCAUCAUUGUUAAUCACUGUGAUCCUUGCUAAGGGAACAAUGCACUGGGAUGAUCCGGUCAGGAUCAGUGAUCCGAAAUCACUUAGAUAAUAGGGGGCUUAAGCAACAGAGUUUUUGAGCGACGGACGUCAACAGAGUUUUUGAUCAUUGCGACGGACGUCAACCGGAAAGUGGACUUUUUAGAGUUAAGGCAUCAUUGGGCAUUAGUUUUUGAGCGACGGACGUUGAAACUCUCAUCAUUGGGCAGUGGUUUGGUCGUCUUUUUAUAAGAGAAAAGAAAGUUAGCAAUACAAAUUUGUUAGCCUCAAGGUAGAUAAAAAGGGAGAAGGCCUCACUUCCGGUUGACGUGCGUAGCUCAAAAACGUCUUUGCUUAACUUCCCUAAUACUUCAUCAAAGGAAAGAAUCCGCUCUGGGAAGGGAUUCAUCGGUUCAUUUGAUGUACUAUGUUCUGAUAGUUAUUGGAUCACUGAUCCUGAUCCAAACGAACCCACCCUAAACUCCCGGUCAUUAGCAUCGUCUUCGUCAUUAUCCUCAUCAUUCUCUUGAACAACAUUACCACAAUCGCUGUCAUCAACACCUUCAUUUCCACCACCCCUUUCUGUCAGUCACGAUCAGAUCGCAAUGUACAGCUAAGCGACUACUACUACGACAGUAAAAACAGUGCCAACACGGAAGUUUUAAUGAUCAAAACAACAAACCUGCACUUCCUCCAUACAACUUACUACGACAUGAAAUUUCCUCAUGCGGUGCAUUAUUAAGUACGUGAACCCGAUUGUCAAAAAGUUGUCAAAAGUUGUUGCAUAUGACAAACUAACCCAGUUAGACUAUUGCAGUGCAGUUUCAUGCAAAUUUACUUUUAGGGACGUUUUCACUUGGAUCUAUUUUUUUUUUGCUUUAGCUCUCUAAUGACCUAUAACAACAUCACUCUUGUCAUUCUUCUUAUGAAAACGUUUCUCCGUUUGGCCGAUACUGAAGGGGUUAUUCCAACGCGACUAAUUUCCUCUGAUUGGUUUUUUCAGCUUGCACGUGCUUACAUGGCAAGUGCGACAAUGGCCCCACGGGAAAUGGAACAUGUGUACCGCACUCAUGCUCACCUGGUUUCCAUGGAGACAACUGUGACCAGCGAGAUGUUCCAUGUGCUGAUCCUUCGAUAAGCCUCAGGUGUCACGUGUUUGCCUCGUGUGUCCGGCAAGGAAAUGUUGACAGGUAGGUAUUGGGGACAUUGUUUUGUAGUAACCUGGUUUUACCUAUCUUUGUAAUGAAAAAAAUAUUUGUUCGAUGGAGACAUCCUUCAGUACAACAUGCACUAGAAAACACUACGCGAUUUAAAAAAAUUUGGUUGAGAGCAACACAAAUGUAACUGAGCUUACAAACAGUCGUCCUAAAAUUAAACACAAGUACUUUACAGAAUAGUUCUCUGUUCGUCAGUAGCGAGUUUAAACUGAAACAAGUCGUUCACACACAUCGAACAUCGCACCGGAGCGGUUGGGCGAAAGGGUUUGGUGAACUGAAUCCCAGUCCUCAGCCCUGAAUAUUUUCUUCCGUCUUAGUGGAUUCCGGUCCUUUCUUCUAUUUGCAUGCAUUUGCACCAUAGGUACUGGCAUUGAUGCCAUUCGUCCUGAUCCAAAUAAGCAUACGUAUACCAUAGUUCUGCGCACAAAGAUGGCGCUUUAGGGGCUUGUUUGAACAUCAUGCGCAAGCACAAGGCGCAGCUUCGGUCCGUUGCAGAAAUUGCGUCAUAGUCAACCUUCGUACGUGUGAACAGAAGCAUUAACCGGUAUGUCUUCGUGCCGGCGUAAGAGUUGUCAGAUCAAGUGUGAAUAUAACCUCGAUCGUUUAACCAUUAUACUCCGCAGUUGUCAGUGCAAUGCUGGGUACGAAGGUUCUGGAACAUUCUGCACUGAGAUCAACCCGUGCACUAAACCCAGCCGGGGAGGAUGUCAUCACGAGGCCGUCUGCACCAUGACGGGGCCUGGUGCUAAUAACUGUACAUGCCAGGAUGGUUUCCGUGGUGACGGCGUCGUAUGCGUUGCAAUAGAUCCGUGCCAGGAAAAAGGUGCUGGGUACUGCCAUAGCAACGCUGAAUGCCGGUAUAUAGGCCCUGGUCAGGUGAGUCUAUAGUGCGGCUCAGUUUCUCGACUGAAAUCUCGAAACGCUGCUUGGAUUUAUUUUACUCUGUUGCGUUUUCCCUGGCGUAGGACAAAUUGAAAUGGUGCCUGGUCUAAUUGUUUUUUGUUGUUGUUGUUUUGCAAUAACACUGAUAGUUUGAACGUCCAAUUUAAGCGAACUGUCCGUGAAAACAGGGACCCCAAGCAAAAACGACGGCGACGGCUACGAAGACGUCACUUAAAAAGUGAAACAAAAAAGUGUAAAACCAUUAUCGCGCUUAUCCCAUCUUUCCCAUUUUUUCAAAUGUCGCCAAAAUUUUCUGGAGUUGAAUUCUGAAAGACUGUAUCGUAGUUCAAGAUAAAGAAAGAUAGAAGAAAUGUACAAAAAUGCGUGAUGCACGUGCAAAGUUUUUUUUCGUUUUUACACCUAUUGCUUUUUUCCUGUCAUCGUUGCCGUCACCUUGAUCGUUGCCCACGCUCCCUAAUCAGCUGCUGGUGACGGAGGAUCAAAAGCCUUGCGCCAUGAUUGCCCUUUUUUAUUGGCCACGAUGGAUAGAGUUCUGGCUCUGUCUUCUAUAGUGAGCUUGUUACAGUGCUACGGCAUUGUCAUGGUACAAUUGUGUUUUGCAGAGCACUUGUGUUUGUAAGCCUGGAUACACCGGUGAUGGUUCGUCGUGCAAUGAAGUCAAUUACUGUUUGGUGAAUCAUGGAGGAUGUUCUCCUGAUGUAAGCAAUUUUCCUCGCGUUUCUCAGUAGCGUACGAGUACAGAUGUCCCCAAUGGACUAGAGCGAUGAGGGGCGGCAGUAUUCGCUGGCUAGUUUUUCAGAAGGAAGGACAAAUUGUUGCGGGGAGUUUACUUUAUGACAAUUUGGUUAUUUAUCAAGGGAUUUUGCACCUUGUUAGACACAAAGGGAAGGAGGCGUCGAAGCUGGUUGUGGUAGCCACAACACGGACAAACUAGAGGAGGAAGACCCGACUAAGUAACGAUUUGUAACUGACUGACUAACUGACUAACUAACAGACUAACUGACUGAUUGACUAACAACUUUCUUACUGACUUACUAACUAGUAAACUAACUAACUAACAGACUAACUGACUGAUUGACUAACAACUUUCUUACUGACUUGCUAACUAGUAAACUAACUAACUAACAGACUAACUGACUGAUUGACUAACAACUUUCUUACUGACUGACUAACUAACUAGUAAACUAACUAACUAACAGACUAACUGACUGAUUGACUAACAACAACUUUCUUACUGACUGACUAACUAGUAAACUAACUAACAGACUAACUGACUGACCGACUAUCAACAAACUGACUGAUUGACUAGCUGACUGCCUGAUUGAUUACUAACUAAAUGACUAAGUGACUGACUGUCCGACUGACUUACUAAAUAACUGAGUGAGUGACUGACUGACUACCGUCAUUGACUAACUAACUGAGUGCCCGACCGACUGAAUGACUGACUUACUAACGAGCUAACUGACUGACUGACUUCCUGUCUGCCUACACUUAGCAUGUAAGUAACUAACUAGCGUGCUGACCGAACGACCGACCUACCACCAAGCGACCAACUAGCCACACGAGUUAAUCGUCAAGAAAAAUCAAAUCACAAACAAGUAAUUUUGUUGCGUUUACUCAAGGCACUUAAAAAGUGUUUGUUUUUUUUUCCACUUUAGGCUCAGUGUGUUCGUACAGGGCCAGGAAAUCACAGCUGCAAAUGUAACACUGGCUUCAUAGGAAAUGGCUACUUUUGUUUGGGAUCUGUUGCAACGGUAAAUUGCUGUUUUAAUAACGGAACGUGGAAGUCAAUUUUGUGUACGGUUAGAGCGAGUAAACUUGAUGUGCUACGAAAGCCCAAUAGAACUCAAAAGACGGUUGCCAAUAUGGCUCAACUUACUUUAGAAAUAGUUAUUAAUCAGUUCGCGUGUGGCCUUAACUGUUGACUCCCUAGGAAUACAAAGAAAUCCAGUUUAAAAGUGACCAGAAAUAUAUUAAGCAAAGUAGUGGUAAACAAAUGGUAUUAUGUUAAAAACGCCACCUUGUACAGCAUAAUAAACGGUACCUCAGGAAAGUUAACUGCUCAGUAUCUUUCAUUUGAAUGGUAACACUUUAGGAUUUCAUCCACAAACUCAGUGGUUAGAACCACCUUGUACAGCAUAACAAACAGUACCACAGGAAAGUACUGCUCAGUAACUUUCAUUUGAAUGGUGACACUUUAGGAUUUCAUCCUCAGACUCAAAAGUUAAAACCACCUUGUACAGCAUAAUAAACAGUACCACAGGAAAGUUAACUGCUCAGUAUCUUUCAUUUGAGUGGUAACACUUUAGGAUUUCAUCCACAAACUCAGUGGUUAGAACCACCUUGUACAGCAUAAUAAACAGUACCACAGGAAAGUAAUGUUCUUCGUAAACCUAGGAAUUUUAUGCACACCCACAAAAAUCCUAUUGACAGGGGGGAAGUGAAAGAAACGUUUUUCCUUUCCUGUUGGAUGUAAAGUACUUGACAGUUGACUUGACCUGCAGAAGAAGAUAUAAGUAUCGUCAUUCUCAAAAAUAUUUGUUUUCUUGUAGAUCAUUGGAAGGAUGAAUCCGCGUCUGGAAAACUUCAUAAGGGUAAUGAUAUUUACAUUUUUAAUCUGUUUUGUAAGUUAAUAACUAGAUUGUAUAUUUGCCUAGUUACUCCCCCCCCGAGGACGGACAACUUCGUUCCCACGCCACCUAACGCUUGUUGGACAAUUUCUCACUCCCUGCAAAAAAAAAAAUUGGGCUGUUUGUCAUUUACAGGUUGCGAUGAAACUGGGUCAAUGUUGAGUCGAGUUGCACUAUUGGAUUGUUUGGGGGACGCUAUCGCUUCUUUUAUUGGCUGUUGGAAAGUUGCGCAGAAACUGGGUCAAAAUGUGUCACAAAACAGUCCCGCAAUGCAAUUCCACGCAACACGGACCCAGGCCCCGUCCAUACGUAUUCGAUUAUGUUUGAAAACGGGGAUUUUUUCCCCUCCGUUUGCGAAAAAAUGCGCGUGCACAAGUAGCGUAUUCGCUCUCCCGUCCGCACGAAAACGCUAAAACGAAAUUCAUUAACUUACAUUUCUUUUCCUCUUUUUAAUUCAGCAAGCAAAUCUGCUGCAUUAUUUGUCAGACCCCGCAAGAAAUUUGACACUUUUUGCGCCGUCCGUCACUGCAUUAUCUCUGCUCUCUGACGCGGACAAACAAUAUUGGACCAACAGUACGGAAAGGCUGGAAUAUCUGAUAAGGUGAGUUCCUUUAGUUUUUACAAUGAAGUUAAAAAGCACAGGAUAAGAAAUGGCGAGAAUUUUAAAUUUAAACGUUUUUUGAGUUUUGAUGCUUAAGAAAUCCGUUAUGUUCUUUUCGGUGUUUGAAAUGGGGGCACCAUGGGGCUUUUUUUUAGAAGAAUUUUCCCAGUUUUCCGUGCGACCUCGAUAGCGUCCCCAUAAUGCAAUUCGACGCAGCAUGGACCCAGUCCCGCGUGGAGCCAUAAAUUGCCGCUAAUCCCUUGGUCUGAUUUGCUUUUCCCAAGAAGCCCUCGUUCAGUCGAACUUAGCGAUGCCUAUUUAUCAUGAACUUCUGUCUUUUUUCAAGAUUGCUUAUUGUUUUUUUUUUUUAAUAUAGGUACCAUCUUGUAGAUAAGUCGUACAGUCUAGAGCAGCUGAAGGGAAUGAAUGCAUUCAGUGCUUCCAAUGGUGUUACGCUGAACAUAACUACACGGGUACAAAUGGUAUGAAGUGUACUAAUAAAGCUACGUGUAAAUGGAUGCCAACAAUGGUAGGAGUUGUUGCGUCCUCUUUGGCAGUGGUGUGCAAACAGAUGCAACAACUCCCAACAAUGUUGGGACCUGCAGUGCGUCGUGGGAAGGAAACAACCCAUAAGACUUUGUAAACUUGAAUUCGACAGCCAUCCUAGCUCUUGCGAGGCCCCAACAAUGUUGAAGGAGCCGUGCAAACGGAUGUCAAGUUGUUAUACUACGCUUCGGUUAUCACAGAAUUUAAGAAAUGUUGGGAGUUGUUGGUUCAAAAGUUUGACCAGUUUCAAACUUUGCACAGCAACUCCCAACAACACGGACGCAACAUGUAACGCCCAACAGUGUUGCGUCCGUUUGUCUGGGGCUUUACCUGGCUGAAAUUUCCGCCAAUAGUGCUCGCCCCAGUGCUCGUAGCGAGAGGGCAAAUGAGCGGCGAGGUCAGCGGCGAGUUUCUCGUUGUUUUCGCUCCAUUCUCCUCGCGGCCUUUCCACCCAGUUACGCAGGGCUAUGCCAGAGGCUAACUUUAAAGACACUUGAUAUCUAACAACGAAAUCUUCACGUGAUCUUCACGUGCUCAGAUGGUUACUUGGAAAUGGCAAUUCCGUGUCCACGAGGGGACGUAAAUACAGUCUCUUUAAUUUAGUACUUUUGUGCGAAAUACAUUGACACUCAAGUAAGUUGCGUUUUUUCAGGUUUAUAUUGGUGAUUCAGCAAAAGUCGUGCAAGCAAAUGUCACCACGGAAAAUGGAUUUGUUCAUAUCAUCAAUAAAGUAAGGCACCGAGAAGUAACGUAUUUUUUUUUUAAAUUAGACAAGUUCAGUCUUUUGCUCAAGUCUAACGUAUUGUUUUAACAGCGACCUUUCUUCUUAAAUGGCCCUUUUUCCCUUAAACAACCAACUGUCUCCUUAAAAUUCCAUCUUCGUUCUUCAAUAGCCACCUCUCCUAAAUGUCCGUUUUCUCGUUUUCUUUCUUAAGUAACUUAAGCCCUUGUUACAUAGCCACAUUUUUUUAAAAAUGAAAAUUCGACUUCUUUUCUUUUAAUAGUCAUCUGUUGUAGAAAACAGUUGCACGUUACCUCUGCGAUUCAGGGUAUUCUCAGCAAAAAUCGAACGGAAAAGCCUGGGGAGUAGUCUAAAGACCCCUCCCUCCCCUUCGGGCGGAGCUAUCCCGUAUAAGCUAUUAUAGGAAGUUACCACCACACGGGGGGGGGGUAGAGUGACGGUGGGAAUUUAGGAAGCGUCCCGCAAAUUAAUAGAGAGCUUUAGAGGCUAAGACGAGGACGACAACGAGAACGAGAUUUUCUCAAUACUAAGUAGUGCGCGCGCUCGAAACAACGUCAUCGUGGCGGGAAAAUGUGGCAGCCAUCGCCAUUCGACUACGAGUUUUAGCGAGAGUGUCGUAGUGGCGAAAGCAAGUUACCAAAUGUUAGAAAUUUUAUCAUUCAGCGAUCGGGAGAGGGCUUCACCAUCUUCAACGGUAAUAAGCGUACUUACUUUUUUGGUUAAAAACGGAUAAUGAAGCUUUCCGGGAUGUCUAUUCUUAGAGAAUAGUCGAGAAAUCUUAAAAUGAAAUGUCGUCCUCGUCUCCAGAUCUAAAGCUCUCUGUUAUCGUUUGGCGCUUCUUUGAGUUUUAACUCUUUGCAAUUCAGCUAAUAAUCGACCUUGCGUUAUUUUGUUUAGGUUCUUCUGCCUCCACGUUUGUCCACUGAAAAUCAACUUCCUUUAACUUCAGAACUUCUUAAGAAUAUAUCGGAGUUUUCUGAUUUCUACAUCAUCUUAAAGGUACCGUGCUGUUCUGUUUAAGUGUAUAUGACACGGAAUCUUUUUAAACUGAUUUUCGUGUAUUAGAUGAGUUUAAUUAACACAUGUGAACUUUCAAAAAAUGUCUCCCUCAAAAUUUCUUGAAUUUGGCCUUAUAAAAUCUGCUUUUUCCUCUCACAAAUGUCCUAGAGACUGGGACAAAUAAAGAAUUAAAAAAGAGGGAUGACAUCAUGUGACAUCAGUUAGUUUAUUCAGGCUUUGCUUCCGAUUCUGGUCAUUGCUUUGUGUUUUGUGGAAUUAAGCGAUGUAACCGACUGUAACGAAGGUAUAGCGAAAUAAAUGAAAGUUUUGAAGAUGAUUGGGUAGUCUUCGAAGGGCGCUUUCCAAAAGUCAGAACUGGCUGGCUGGACCAUGGCCGAACCAGACAUUCUGACCAUAAAAUAGUCUUUUUCCAAGAUGUUUUGCUGAAAAAACUUAUCUCCUUUGUGCGUAAUGUUUAGGUUUGGACUGGUCUGGAUGGUGAGUUUUGAUCAAAAGUGAAAUUCUUAUUACGACGGGCUGGCCGAACAGUUCUGACAAAUGGAAAGCACCCUUCGACAAAGAUAAUUCUUCGUAUUCUGGGAGUGAAAGAGUUGAAAAGUUGUUUAAGCGUUGAGUGUAUAAUUGGCAUUUUACAGUAUUCUGAUAUCCACACUUCUUAGUGUCAGCUGAAAUCCGCUCAGCAGGACCUUUUUUUGGAACUAAUGCUGCAUAACUGUUUUGUAGAGCCUGCAGCUGUUGUCGUUGCUGGACGCCUGCGAUGCCUGUACAGUAUUUGCUCCCACAAACGCUGCACUCAAGAAUAACAACCUGGUAAGACUCAAGAUAAAACGUAGUUUUUCUCACACACAAGUGGGGCCUGGGAACAAGUCAUGUGACAUAAAAUGGGUAGUUGUUUUUUUCACACGCCAUUGCCGACGUUGUACCCUCCUCUCUUUUCUUUUCAUUUUUUUUUUUACCUUGGCACUUGUUGCCCCCGCAGGGAUUGCGCUCAGAACCACCCACCUUUUUAAACACGUUUCCCUUAUUUUGGCUGUUAAUUCCUGAUCAUCGUGUCCGGCGUCCAUCCGAUGCACAUACCAUCUAUGUGUGUGUUCAUCGGUGCCUCCAAUUCCAGCAUUGAACUGCGCUAUUCCUUGGUACAAUUCCAAAUCAUCGUCUGAUUAAAGAGAAAAAAAUUAAAUUAAAGAAACCGGACGGUAGCUCGCCACCAAAUGAUCUAGGUACAAGCAAUGCACAAAGCCUUAAGCUUGUCUCUCAAGCAAGAAACUGCACGAAUCCAAUUAUUUUAAUCGCUUUUGCUAUUUCCUAGCAUUUUGGUGCAACUUUCUUAUGGGUGUCUAUAAUACAGAGAGCAGGAGGCGUUGACUUGAGAGGGGGGCAUCAAUAAGAUCAUUUACGGUACACUUCACACCUGCGUCAAACCGGGACUUCUUGGUCCUGUGCAUCACAGUUUGUCUCGAGUGUCCUAAAAGGGGAAGUUUGAAUAUUCUUUAUUUUUUCCAUCAACUCCAUGUACAAGCGAAUUCAUAUUAGAGUUUUCCUAUUGGCAAAUUUACCCUUGGCACGUGUUUUUCAAUGUUUGUUUACAUUCGCGCUCGUUUCCGUUUCGCGCUGAUUGGCGGGAAUCUGACAGCUCAGUCGACAGGGAGCCACAGGGAAUUCCAGAAACGUAGUUGCAAGCUCUCCUUCCUUUUCCCGCCGCGCCACCGCAGCGCCCCGGAUAACUUGCUUUUUAAAAUAAGAAGUUUUUCGUAGCUAUCUUACGUGCCAAGGAAUCUCAUUUCCUGCGUUAACACCUAGACAGGAAAAAUAGCUCUUUGUAUUUUUUUUUCAGAAGCUUUUCUGAUGAUCAAGUCGUGUACCGGCUGUCGCUGAAGAAAUUUGAAAUUUCAUCUUUCUUUCUAUCGUAUCUUUUGACCGAAAAGAAUUGCCGCAGAAUAAAACGAAAGUUAAGUUCUUGACGUUAACUGCGAAAUAGCCAACAGGGAAUUUUCUUGAUAAAGAUGAUAUCCGCGGUCGUGACGUAAAAAGUUUAUUUUGCAUACUUAAAUAGCUAAGUGGUACAAGUUAACGAUUUAUUAUCACUGUAUAUCCCUCUUGCUUCAAUUUCUUUAGUCUGCCGACACUUUGAAGUACCAUGUUGUGAAGCAGUAUCUCUCGGAGGAAACGAUACGAAACGGAGAAGAAUAUUCCUCUUGGCUCGGGGACAAUUUUCUUGUCAAAGUGACCAAACCCGGACAGGGAAUGGUUAGUAGAAUGACCUCUGGUUGCAGUCAAUACACCUACCGCGUUCCACCCGAUAUUUAGGAGUGGUCCUUACUAACGGAUUGCAUCAUCGGAAUCAAAACCUUCACUUUUAACGUUUUGAACUUUAAUUAACAAAUUUUCAGUCACCCAGCACGUUUAUUUUGUGAUUUUCUUUUUGCUGUUUUUGUGUUGGUUCGUGCUGUUCACUAGUACUCAUUUAAAAAAUUAAAACAAGUGAUAUAAGCCAAUAGUUCACACACGAAAUAAAAUCCAUUGUUGGCAGUUUCACUCAGUUAUUCAUCAAGAAUUUUUUUAUGUUCAGGGAACAUUUCUCGUUCUAAAAUAGCACACUCGCUUUAACAAUUCUUCUUACAGGGGUAGCUUAUGUCAGAUGUGUCUGUUGUCUUUCAGCUUAGAGUCAAUGGAAUUGAAGUGGUGAUUAAAGGACAAAAGGCCAGGAAAGCAAUGGUAUUUGGAAUAAAUGGAGUUCUGGAACCAGUACGGAGGAACUGUGACGAGAUUAGACGUUAUUAUUCUCUUGUAAGUCACUUAGUCUUAAUGAUUAUAAUAUUUAUUAAUUUUAAUCUUUAGGGAACCAUACAUAACUGAUACAAAUGAACUAAUACUAACAUAUACAAUCGAUAACAGGACUUCUUUUAGACAUACUUGUAUUUUUAAACAUUUUAAAAGACCCCUAAUGCAGGUCAGUAUUUUAAGUGAUAGUAAACUCUUAAGAACACUUUCUUUUAAAUUUCGUCUUAUUCACUUGCAUAUCUACGCAUAAUUUAUGAUAAGACAAAGGGGCAUAUUCCCAUGGGACCUUCAUUGGAAUAAACCUUCAAGCUAAAGAGGUCUAUCGCUGCGUAGUCGUUUCACUGAGAUAUUAGGGACUUUAAGAGCCAACGACGCGGACGGCGACGAGAACGUUAAAAAACAAUAGGUUUUAUAAACAAAACAACAGCUUUGCACGUGCAUCACACUUUUUGUACAUUUCUUUCCCGUUUUUGCACGACUACGACGUGAAAAUGCCUAAUUUCGUGUUUUAUGGAGGACGUAAACAAGCAACGACGAAAUUUUAUUUCUCCUUCUGAGCUUGGAUAUGGUCCCUUGAAAUUCAGCUUCAGGAGGGUUCGCCUACGUUUGACAAAGUAAUUGGGUACGAAUAAUCGCUAUAAAGACUGAAAGAACGCAAACACACUUUUUUAAGAGACGUUCUCGUGGCCGUCGCGUCGUUGGAUCUUAAAGUCCCUAUUAAGGAGCUUAAGCAAAGACGACGACAACGGCACUGAAAACGUCGCAAAAAAGUAAAUUUGUGUCCUUUCAAAUUGGAUUCUUAAGGUCUUUAUCCAAGUUCAAAAAGAGAAAGGAGAAUUCGUCGUCGUAUGUCCACGCCCUCCAUAAAACGUCAAAUUAGGCGGUUUCACGUCGUAGUCGUGCAGUGCAGACGUGCAAAGAAAUGUACUAAAAAGCGUGAUGUCUAGCUCAUAAAACCAAUUUUUUUUUGAAGUCGUCAUUGUGGUUGUCCUCGUCGUUGUCGUUGCUUAAGCUCCCGGUUCAGGGGCGGAUCUAGGGGGAGGGUGCAGGGGGUGCGCACCCCCCCCCCGAGACGAUCUGCGGUUUUCUAAUACAACUGGUAUUCUGCAAAAAAAACUAUGUGGUUUAUUGGUGUUGAAGUAGAGCAAGAGACGAGUGCACCCCCUCCUAAAAAAAAUCCUGGAUCCGCCCCUGCGGUUGGCUUUUUAAUGAACUUCUUCUUUUGUUCUCCCUUUGCUCUUUUAGGGAUACUGUACGUACUGUCCUAUAUUUAAUCCAUGGUGUGGUAGUGGGCUUACUAAAGUCGUGAGUACCAUACCUUUGUCUUAUGUUGAUAAUAUAGUUGGCUUAUGAUGCCAGUUACGCGUCCUUAUUCGUCGAUAUGGAACUAAAGGAAUUACAAUCGACCUCCGGUAACUCAAACCCUCUAUAACUCGAACCGUCCGCUAAGUCGAAACAAUUUUCAUUUCCCUUCGGCUCGCUUUCUACCCCUUUUUUUUAAUUUUCCUUGAAGGUUCGAAUUAUCGGGAGUCGACUGUACUUGAAAGUGACAAAUCACAGCUUGACGUCAAAGAAAUACAUGUAUGUCUCCCAAGGAUUAUUUCAUUGAACUGUUAGGCUCCUUUUGUAGGUGUCAUGUUACUCAUACUUUCUUGUAACGUUUUGAGCGGUUAUUUCACUCAGUUUGACGUCAAUUCGCACUGUUUUAAUUUUGAUAUAAUUCGUGACACAGCCCCUUUAAGUUCGAUUUACCCGGAUGGAGUUACUUCACCCGUGUAUAGAGUUACUGUUGAACAGCUUUUAAGCGGCGGACCAUUCUCGAAGAGAGGAUAAGGGGCCUGUUGAUUGGCUGCGUGAGACUGGGUUAGUGCUGUGUCCAGUUGCACUGUGGGACUGUUCUGGGGAAUGAAUUUGGACCCAGCUCCCAGGGCAAGCUCAUAACAGCUGAUUAAAGAAGUGCAGGCGACUUCAAAACGAUUCCAUAGUGGAACUGGACUUAAAACCGUUAAGUCUCACUCGCAAACUCAGAAUGGCCAAUAGAGGCGCCGUUUCCAUUUAUUAACUGACAAUGUUACGCGCCAGUAAUCUGGUAAGUGGCCUGUAAAUAGAAAGUGGACGUUCAUCAGAGUAAGGUUUGCCAGUAUUUACUUAAAACGCAGAUUGUAUGUCAUUUUGGACAAUGUAAUCCUUUCUUCCUCUAUAUUUAUUUCUUUAUAGGGCGUUCGGCAAAAUGCUUGCAGGAUUCGGUUAGGAUGGUUUAUCUUACCUGGCUGUCGAGCAAUAUGCCUAAGAACAACCACGGUAAGCUGCACAGACACGCAUUUUGUACGUUAGUAUGGUUACUUAUUAAGGCAUGUACCAUGGCUCGCAUUUUAUUGGUCCCCGUUACGCCAGCAAAUGAAAAAGUAAAGGCAAUUAUGUCAUCAAUUCUGUACUCUUUUGUCAUCCGCUAGUCUUGAUAACGUUAACAAAAUUGUUUUAUAGGACAAUCACAAGAUAUCGGGUUGCCGGGUAUAUGCAAUUUGUGGGCGGGAAUUUUAACAGCUAGGGGGUUCUUUUGGUUCGAUUUUCUUGUGGCUGGGGGAAAUCCUCGGUGCCCAUCCUUAAGAGAAAGCUUUGAAAUCUUUGCCAAUUAGAAUCCAACAGCGAACCCUUCUUGGCGGUGACGAUUUCCACUGGUUUUUCUUCAUCGAGUUUUGAUGAGCCCAAGAAGUAUUAAUGAAACAUUGAUGAUAUCUUGUGUUUUGGCAGAUUAAGAAGUGUUGUUCUGGAUUCUGGGGAGUGGACUGUCAAUGUAAGGCGAUGACCUAAAUAUAAUUAUACGAUACAGGGAGAGAGUUGGGCUGUUACUGUAGUGAUUAAUUAUGCAUUCAUCUCAAAGCAAACAAAGAAAAUUAACAGUAUGAAAAGUUUAACCAUAAUGACAUACCAGGUUCCAAAUUAUGCUCUCGUCCCUUUUCUCUCAAUGAUAGAUUGGAUCUGCGAAGUACUCUAUCCGUAAUAUAACUGCGAAAAGUGCUGUGACAUUUUUCAGAUAACUAUAUGGGGCUAGCAAGAUAGGGCAGUUAUAAACGGGAGAUUAAUACACAAUAAGUAUGGUCAAGUCACCGACGGUCACGCUCGUCUUCUUUCCUUACCGCUGAGUUGUGUGGAUCUGUGUGUUUUAGCUUGUCCUGGUAAUUUGAGCGACGCUUGUUCCAGUAAUGGCGUUUGCGAUGAUGGAAAAUCAGGCAGUGGACACUGUCAAUGUUCGGCCAACUUUACUGGCACCGCCUGUGAAAAGUGCAUUUCUGGGAAAUAUGGAACUAAUUGUACCAAUGGUAAGUGCGCAAAUCGAAUUGUUAUUUUGGUUCAACGGCUUCAAAGUAACGGCUGCUUUACACACCGUGACUUGUCGGCCCGAUGUGUUGUAAAAGCGUUUGGUGACCACAAAAAUAGAAACGUGUUUCAAAACUCUGUUGCACUGCAUUAUCAUUUUGCAGACGAAUGAGAACUACCUUAAACGCUUUUUUCCUCCCACACCAAGCUUAUGACUUGGCUUCACUUGUGUCCUUUCAAGUUAACAAAUGAAAACUAUUGGCACCUCUAUCCAGUCACAUUGAUCUACCUUUGUAACAAAAAUGGUGGUUUAGUUAUUAACCGAGUUAAUACAAUGAAAUAGCCAUCGUAAACCGAUUCAAAAACUGAGAAUGACAUAAUGAGUGCUGGCUUUGCAUCUCCAACACACAAGAAGGGUAAGCACUCAAAACACACUCUUUUCCUCCUCUCGUCUUCCGUUUCAAAGCCACUCACUCAGCGUCAAAAUUUGUUUUAGAAACUAAUUCCUUUAGGAUUUUACAAGACGCCGCUUUCCUUUCAGAGUGUAACUGUGUUAACGGGACUUGCAAUGAGGGAAUCAGCGGUGACGGGACUUGCUUUUGUCAUCAUGGCUGGAAAGGAAAGAAUUGCAACGUUUGUAAGUUGAGCCUCACCGUAACUAGACUGCAAAACAGUCGGUUUUUUUUCCUCAAAAUCAGGAAAGAAAUCGGUAAAGCGUGGCGUAAGAGUCUUACACAGGCGAAGCGCGCGAGCCUCACACGCCAGUCUCGCUCUCUGUUUUCAGCCUCGUUCCAGACCUUUUGUUUGACUUCCGCGCGAAUACGCUAAAAUACGGACUGUUUUGCAGUCUACACCGUAACUGUAAAAAAAUUCAUUGGCAAUUGUCCUUGCGUCCCAUGAAGGAAAUUAUGAUUCUUGGUUUGUUUUGUAUCUCCAUUCGUCUUUAUCCAGUCAGUCUUUAUAACUUAAACCUGGACUUAAAUAUUUGACACUUUCAUUAAUUCUUUCUUUUAAAAGAUCUGAAAAGGUUCACGUUGUAAUAUCAAAUUUUGAUUCGUUUAUUUAUAUUUCACGUCCAUUAAUAUCACGGCUGUAAUUAUGGAAGCGCACUACUUCAAACGCAAGUAGUUAUUUAACUGUAUCAGUUUUGAACAACAACUGCAAAGAAUAAUUUUAUACUCAAAUCUUUCUUUUCUUUUUUUAGCUGCGAAUUACAAGAAUUGCCUUCCAACUGUCUGCAGUCGAUUUGCCACGUAAGUUUACUAUGAACCCAUUCAAGUCUUCUUACAGUCAAAGCAGGUCAAGCGUACCCCCUAAGAUUCUAUUAAUGAAUUGAUUAUUUGAAAAAUGAACCCGUUAGUCGUUCCCGUAACUGGUGUCAAAUUCAAAUCGACAUUCCUGUAUGCGUAAUGCCCAGUGAAUAUUUUACGAGAACUUAUCUGCAUUUGUUCAGAUUGAAAAUCUUUAAAUGGAUAAAAUUACUUCGAAGACGUUUACAUCAAAUUCAGGGAGACUGAGCGGGUAGAAAAUUCAUAACUGCCUUGCGUGUGGAUUCACAGCUCAUUACGCAUGCAAGAAUGCAGGGAUGAAUCUGAAAUCUACAACUAACAACGGAUUCAACUUUCGAAUACUAAAUUCAUAAGUGGAAUCUUGAGGGGUACGCUUGACCUGGGUUGACUGUAAUGCGUAUGUGUUGUACUUGACUAUGAAGUAAUGAUGUUUUUCAGUUGCCGUGGUCCAGCUGGUAGCGGGAGAUGUGAUUGUGACGCUGGUUACACAGGAAACGGAACUAACUGUGCAGGUUAACUAGUAAUUUUGAUGCAUGUUGUUCACGUGGAAAAACUAGGGUGCGCGCUCCUUCAGUUUUGAAAUCACACGUAUGAUUUGAGAUCAAAUGCCACUAUAGCCCUAUUACCUUUAUUAAUGGACUCAUCAUAUCUACAAUCCCAGACUAACGCCCUUGGGACAGUGAUGCAGUAUUCGUAAUUUUUUGUAGCUUCUGUGUGCGCUCAUAAAACAGUGCAACAGUUCUAAAAUAUCAAGCAAUUCUCCUUCCCCCAUACAAAGUUGAAACUCGGAAAAACUCUAGAUACCCUCGUCCAACCUUGUUUGUGGACUGGAGGGAGGAGUUGAGCAUGGAAGAUUUGAAGAAAGCCCCACCAGUGCAACGAGCUUCGGCCCCAAGAUUUGAAAUUGCACUCGCGCUAAGUAGCUUAAUCUUAAUCUCAUUCUUGUACUUGCAAUCGUUAUGAACGCGAAAACCCCCUAAUGAAGUUUGUUGCGCGUAGCUAUCGACACCUGCAUCGUCAACAAUGGUGGCUGCCAUCGAAAUGCCACUUGUUCCAUUGACAUGAGUCAGCCAGGCUUCAGGUCCUGUCAGUGUAACGAUGGAUUGACAGGGGAUGGAUUUAUCUGUGUAGGUUAGUAUAAAACAUUUUCACAGUCCGUAAGCUUGGAAGCGUCUGUUUGAAGCGUCUGCUCGUUUGUUUUCUUCAGCUGUUAGUGAUUAAUACAGGUUCUUCACUAGGGUAGAGUUGUCUUUUUAUUCUAGAGCAUGGUAACUAGCAUUACUACGCAUGCCUGUGUGAAUUCUCAUCUGGAUAACCACUGACAAGGAACGCCGAUAAUGCUCGGUUGUCCGCAACUGUGACACAGACUGGAUAUAAGACAGUACCUAAGCUUUAAAGCCUUAUAACCUGUUCGAAAAACAAUAAAAUGGUAAAUUAAGAACAGGUAGGAAUCAAAAACGAAACUAAGUCGUUUGGUGUUGACGAAAACUAAUUAAAACACGAAAAGUGUUUAGCCGUUGAUAACAUAUGACAAAAACACAAACAACUUUAUCUGCAUUUCUCUUAUCUUUUUAAGUUGCAUUGUGGUUUUUUGAUAUGUAGUUAAGGUUUUUUAGUAAUUGUUUAAGAUAACAAAUAAAUAAGUAUUAAUGAAGGAAAAAAUGCCUAAAGCCUAAAUGAACCGCGUGGUUUUCCAGUUAGUCUUAAUUCACAUACAAUAUGAAAGUUACACUGGUCAAUUUUGCCAAUUUUUGGCGGGGCUAGUAAAAUUCAUGCCAGACACUGUUGGCGCCAUAUGGCAAAAAUCAAAAGUAAGUAGAAAUAUAACUCAUUGAAUGGUCCAUCUUUUUUUAAACAGCAAUAGACCCCUGCCAGACCAAUAAUGGAGGCUGCCAUAGCAACGCAACUUGUGCCUACAUUGGACCUGGCAAGGUAAUGAUCAGUAAAAGAAUGAUCGCUGCUCAAGGCAAAUUAGUGUGUCCUGGAGUUUCCUAAACAUUUGUUUGGUAAAAGCCCAGGAGAUGUGUGGGCUUUUAUUGCAUUCUUUUAAGUACUGGUGUUAUCUGUUGAAACGUCACUCUGACUUACUUUUAAACGAAAUUUAACUGAGACCAAUGAUAAUUAGGGGUCUCCCAGAUCUGUUUGGAAGUGUUUUAUUUUAAGCACAUAAAUUGUUUCCAAGUGUGUACUUCUGCCUGGGCUUAUCACCUUGCCGUGAUGGACAAGCUUGCAGAUCUCGAAAGUGGAGUGUCACAUAUCGGAUAGGUUCGGUGUAAUGUGAACAGGUAUCAGGGACUGUAGCGGAAGUGAAUAAGUAGCAGCAAGGAGGACUGGAAUCCACUGAGACGGAAGUAAACAUUUAGGAUUCAUGACUGGGAUUUUGUUCACCAAACCCCCCUCGGCCAACCGCUCGGUUACGAUGUUGGAUGUGUUUGAACGACUUAUUCUAGUUCUGUGUUGUUGCUGUUCACGCCAUACUUGAUUGACACGAUAUCGAGUUGACGAGAAAAGCAACUCGGUGUGCAUUAAUGCGGACAAAGCCUAACGGUUUUCUAAUUUUUUCUUUUCUGUUUUAGAGUAAUUGUUUUUGCAAGAAGGGUUAUUCAGGCGAUGGUGUGAGUUCUUGCGUCAGCAUCAACCCUUGUAACUUGGUACGUCAUUGAGUAACAUUUGCAGAUGUCUUGAUCACAUUGUUUUUGAAACGUUUUAGUUGUUUGAUUUAAACUAUUGAUCAAGGUUCUUUUCCAUCGUCUGCUUUUGUAAAAGUCUAACUUGAAAACGGCCAAUAAGCCGUCGAAAAAAGUUUCUAUUUCUUAAUGCAUUUCAAAUGUUGGUGUGUGGUUUUCAUUUUCUUUUCGUAUUUUUCUGUGGUUAAUUUAAUCUUAUAAUUUUUAUUCGCUUCUUUUCAUUCAUUCAUUCGUUCGUUUUAUGUUCAUUCAUUCAUUCAUUCAAUUCAUUUAUUGUUUCAGGAUAAUGGAGGCUGUAGCGACAGAGCUGACUGCAGGCUCGUGGGACCGUAUCAGCGGAGGUGCGUCUGUAGACAGGAGUAUGUCGGUGAUGGAUUCACUUGCAUCGGUGAUAUCACAGAGGUAAACAAAACUACUUUGCCUCCCUUGAUGAUAUCAACUUUCGCUACGCACUAAAUCAGGUCGUUCUCUUCGUCAGUCAGAGACCUACAGAGCAACAACCUCAAUCGGGGCUACUCAACAUUAGAGGCCGUUAGAUUUCUAAGACGAGGACGACUACAACAAGUACGAUAUUUUCUCAAUACUAAGUGGUGCUCACGCGUGAAACAGCAUCAUUUUGGCGGGAAAAAGUGAUUGUCGUCGUCAUUCUACAACGAGUUUUAGUGAGAAUGUAGUAGUGGCGGAAACAAGUUAUCAAAUUUUUGAGGUGGGAAGAGGUGGUGAGAAGAGUACAAUGAAGAGUUCCAGGAUGUCUAUGUUUUUAGAAUAAGCGAAAAAACUUAAAGUCAAAUCUCGUACUGGAAGUAGUUCUCGUCCUGGAAUCUAAAACUAAGUCUCUAUUAAUCGGCCAAGCACAGGUCAAAAUACUGGCCUGACUAUGGUAGUUUGUUAGUUAAUCAAAAGCGAAAACGUUUUUUAAAAUUCCAGGCGAGAUAACCCCUGAUGGAUUCGUUGCACUGUAAGAUUUUUCAAUUACGUAUUUAUUUAUUUAUUUACCAUAAUUUUUAUUAUUGAUCUUUUCCAAUGAUAUUCUUAAAUAACGUUUCAAUGGAUUCCGUUUAACUUGCCACAAGCCCGCCGAACGUGGGUAAUAUUUGUGAAUGAUUAUUUAUUUGUUAUAUAUUUGCAAUGUCCUAGGCUUUGAAGCUUGAUCCAGAGUUGUCCCAAAUGGAUAGCCUCUUGAGGGUAAGGUCUUAACACAACUUGUGAAUAUACGGAUUCUGUGCAAUAAAUAUUGGGCUUUUUCGUGAAAAAAUUUGUUGAAAUUCUUGGUACUUCCAGUCAUUUUCCGGAGUACAUUUUAUUUAUUAAAGAGAGAACUAUAAAUUUUUCAGCAAAGGGUGAAUGCAAGAGAUGACCAAGUGUGUGUAAUGUAAUGUCGCAGAUGAAAGGACAAACGUAGCGGUCCUUUUUACAUAGAAAAUGUUCCUAUUACACUCUUAAGGGUAGCCGUUUUCAUUGUGAAGAGAAGAAUUUUCACGUUGAUAAUUAAGAAUUGUGCUUCUGGUCGCUCUCGGAAACAUUUUACUUGGUAACAAAUGCUUACACACAAUAUAAGUAAUUAAUGAGAAAGCCCAUAUACUGUAAAAAACGUCUGAGCUUCGAAAAAGGAAGUGCUAAAAUUCUUUGUUGAAAUAAGGUGAUGCGCCCUCCCUAAGCCUACCGGAAGCUUAGGCGCAAAAUUUACGACUAUCGAAGCAGCCGUUCACCGUUUGCUAUGCUCUCAACCUAAGAAUGACCGGAAAUAUCGUUCUCUUCAAGACUUUAUACUUAAACCAAGAAAAAAGCAAAAAAAAUUUGUUUUUCCUGUUUUCAGAGACAUGGCCUGGACAAACUUUUGGGUUCACACGGCUACUUUAAUCUUCUGGCUCCAACAAACGCUGCUUUGGCUAGAUCACAGUUAGGAAGCCGAAAGGUAAGGAUCCACAACACUGACAAUGAAACCACUACAGUUUAUUCGUCGGGGCGCUUAGUGCCCGUUUUAAAGAGGUGUGUGCCACAUAGAGUGUCAAUUAAUAGAGGGUAGACAGGAAGUUUAAGAUUCAACGACACAACGGCAACAAGACACUGAGAAAUGUAAAUUUUGUAGCGCCAAGGUGCUUUAAAAUGACAAAGGUCUCACUUCCGGUUGACGUGUGUCGCUCAAAAACGCCUUUAAGCUCCCUAAAAUGAGCUUGCCAGCUGUGACACAGUCCCGUUAAAUGGCACACCUUUGUGCAAUCAAAAUCUGCACCCAACCUCUCUCCCCUCUCCCAACAAAAGAUGGCUUGAUUGUUGUUUCCUAUAGGUAGCCUUGGCAGCGUCACAAACUUUUUAGGGGGUGGGGUGGGGAGGGAAGACUUACUCUCUCCUUUUUCAAGGAAAAACUGUCGGCAAAACGUGAGAAAUGUCUUUAAAGACAGGAUCUCAGAUUGUAGUUUUAGGGCGAAGGUGUCCGUUUUAGCAAGGUGUCAGUCUAAUGGGAUUGUCCGUGAAGAGAAAUUUAAGUGUAGUUGAGACGCGCUUAGCGGGCCAAAAUCCAGAACUUGAGUUUACACCGGUUAUUUACUGUUUUCUUCGUUUCAUUUGCUUCGUAGCGUCGAAGUGUGAACUCUCCAUCAAGCAACGAGGAAACGCUGUUGAAGUACCACAUCAUUAGUUGUGCGACAAUGUCCUUUAAGGGAAACUCUGUAAAUUUUACAACACUGCUUGGAGCAUUUAUCACAGUGAAAAAAGAGGUACCAAUAAAAAAACAAUCAUUAAAUUCCACUCUUUCCUCUACUCAUCGUCCCACGCGCGUUUCAUUUUCCCCUCUCCCCAGUCUCCCUAGGACACAAAUAGGGCUCUGCGGAUGAGAGAGAACUGAGGCUAGUUGCCCAACCUGAUGGGUUUCAUUUGCUAAGAUAGGGAGUUUAAGAUACCACGACGGCGACGGCCACGAAAACGUCGCUUAAAGAGUGAAUUUGCGUUCUUUCAAUCUCUAUCGCGAUGAGUCUCCAACUCAUUUGCUUUGCCAAAUGCAAGUGAACCCUGUUUAGGCCGAAUUCCUAAGAACCAUAUUGAAGUUCAGAAAGAGGAAGAAAAUGUAGCCAUCUCUUGUUUACGUCCUCCAUAAAACGUGAAAUUAGGCAUUUUCCCGUCGUAGUCGUGUAGUGACGUUACACAUUGCUCAUGCGCACUGCUUUAAAUCUGUCUGUAAAUAUGACGGCUCGUAGCUGACUCGCUUCACGUAAUACCGGGAUUAACGUCACCUCUGCAAACCGAGCCGACACGGCUCUUGUAAUCUGCACCUAAAUAAGAUUGAAGCUGCUUUGUCUUUAUUAUGUAUGAGUUAAACCUAGUUAAAGUAAUUGCGGAAUUGUUUGUCUCAUCGCAGUUAUUUUAGAGAUAUGAUAUGGUUAGUAUAAUACAAUUAGUGUUGAGAUGGAUUUCAGAUUAUUCAUCGUUGGCCAAAACUGAUUUGACCUUGUAUUUUGUCUGUCUUUUUUCAGAAUAAUAUGACAUAUUUUUAUGAUAGUCACGGAAAUGCUUCCAAAGCAGUGGGAGCUUACGAGUCAUCAAAUGGUAUUGUUUUGAAGGUGGAUAAUGUACUUAGCCCUCCUUCAUUGCCAGCUGUCAACCCAAAGGUAUCAGCGUAAUUCUUAUUCUUUAAGUACGUAGUAUAUCAGCGGGGGGGAGGAGAGGGCUGUAUUCCCCCAAACAAAAAUUUGGGGGAGCACAGCCCCCCUCGACGUUUUGGUGCCGAAAAUAGUGAACUUACUCAACAGGACGGGAGAGGAAAGAAGAUGGCAAACCUUGUGUGAUGACAUUAAUUUUGUUUGAAAAAACUUUACGCUAAAAUUUUACUUUCCUUUAAACAGAUGUUUUUGCAAAGACCAGAAAACAUUAAUGUUGAAUGAGGAUCACGACAUAACACGCAAGUAAUAGCUCUUGUCACGUUUGUCACACACAAGUGUUUUGCUGUCCUCUUCUCUCUGCCGUCCCGUUGCGUAAACUCGCUAACAUUGUCAGCGCUGCCCGAAGUACGUCAGGUUACAAAUAUAAGGACCAUACGCGAAGCUUUCAACAAAACUCCCGCCACCAAAACACUGUUAGGAGAGUUCCAAAAACUCUUACAGAUGUAUAUGACAUUGGGGAACUUAAGCAAAGACGUUUUUCAGCGACGCGUGUCAACCGGAAAUGAUGCCUUUUUCCCUUUAACAUGCCUAAACGCUACCAAAAUUGUGCUGCUAAGUGUUCUUUCUCUUAUAAAGAAGAUUUGCCGAACAUUUGGGUAAAACCACUGCCCAAUGAUGCAAAAAUCCCACUUCCGGUUGCAAAAAACACUUCCGGUUGCAAAAACCCCACUUCCGGUUGACGUGCUCCGUGCUUAAGUUGUCUAUUACCUGCGGCAUCUGCGACUUCACUGCGCACAUUUUCUGCUCUCUGACGACUCAAUUUUGUUGUGAAAAGAACGCAGAAACGACAUUGUGCCAAGGCUGACACUAGCAUCACAGAUGAAGUUUCAUUCGAUUAUGUCUGGUAUGUUAUUUCUUACAUGACUACUGUGCUGUUUUUUUUUUGUUCAUAUCUUCAGGUUUCCUAUAUUGAUUUGGCCAAGAACAGUGGAUACGGAGAGUUUGCAAAGCUAGUUGAGGUGAGUGAGACUACUUCUUCACAUUUGAUUCUUGAUUGAAGUGGAAUUUAGAAAUAUUGGUACUAAGGAGGACUAAGAAAAUACUGUUACGGCAAAAACAGUGACUUCUCCCCUACUUCGUACCCACAAUCGGCGACAAAAUUGUUGAGACAUGGGACUCAAAUAGGAUAACCUCAGAGAAGAAAAGAAUCCGCGCCCCUCCCCUGCUCCCUCCAUUUAAAGUUGGGGUGCUUGUUGUUUUCUGUAGGUAGCUUGAACAUCGGCACAGCAUUGCAUGGAGGGGUUGGGGGAGGAAAAGCUAUAUUUCCUCCUUUUGAAGUCAGUAAAACGUAAAAAAGCCCAGUUUAGGGCGAAGUGUCUCAACUCAUUUUAUCGCCCAUUGUUUAGGGCAAAGCCAGUCUCAACUCAUUUUAUCGCCCAUUGUUUAGGGCGAAGUGUCUCAACUCAUUUUAUCGCCCAUUGUUUAGGGCGAAGUGUCUCAACUCAUUUUAUCGCCCAUUGUUUAGGGCGAAGUGUCUCAACUCAUUUUAUCGCCCAUUGUUUAGGGCAAAGUGUCUCAACUCAUUUUGUCGCCGUCUGCAGGCUCUUCUUAUGUUUUCAUGCGCUAGUCGUGGCGCAAAGGGUGAUGGGAAUUUUUGCUGUGCCUCAAAAAGAAUCAUUAUAAAGAUUAAAAACGCGAAGGUACAUGGAAAGGAACAGCGUGAAACGCUAAAUGAAUCUUUUGUUUCCUCCAUCUUCAGUUGGCGGGGUUACGAAAAACGCUGGAUACUCAAGUAAACAGACCCUUAUUGAUGUUCUGGCCCACUGAUUAUGCCAUAAACAAUUUACCAGUAGAUUUUCAAAACAAACUCCGAGAUCCCCAGAGAGUGUUGGAAUUGAUACACUUUAUACAGUACCAUGUUGUUGCGCAUAUUCAGGUAAGGGCUCGAGGUAUGUUUUAUCGUAAACAAACGACUACUUUUAUUUUUAAAGUUGUGCCUUGCAAGACAAUGUUCGCGCCGAGUAUUUGGUCACGUGAAAAUGAUAAAAUCUACAACAUUGGAAAGUUUUGAAGCUUGCAUGAUUUUUUCACACUGCCCGCAAGGCACCGUGGACCGAUUUUAGACUUUGUGUGCUUUCCAAAAGUCAGAACUGGGCUGCCGGCCCGGUCAUCAUGAAAAUUUUGUCAAAAUUGUCCCCAAAAAUCCACCACUUUCGAGCAUACCAUUAAAGAAUAGACUGUUGCGAUUGGAUAGUUGUGAUUGAUAAUGGAAUUCUCUUUACAACUGGUCUUGUCUGGCAGGCCAAUCUAACAUUUCAUUUGGAAAACGCCCUUAGAUUCGUAUUCAUACUUCGAUUCAGAUUCAGAUUUAGACGAAGACUUGGAAUACUUAACCUACAUUGGUGUGGUUAGGCCAGCACAACAGUUAUCGUUUGAAAUAGCUUUCCAAAAGAACAAUGAUUUGUAAAGAAAUUCGCUAAAUUGUACGGUCAUUAAGAUCCAAUAUCCAUACCUAAAAAAAUAAUAAAAAAAUUAAAAUUAAAAUAACGGUAUAGAGGCAGCAGAUCCACAGAGUGAUUCGUCGUCUAUCAUUUCUGAUAGAAUUGAAAUUUGGAAAUGUGGGAGAGGGGGAAGCCUUAGUACGUGGAGAAAACCCUCUCGGAGCAAGGUAAAGAACUAACAACAAACUCAACCCACAUAUGGCGUCGACGCCGGGAUUUGAACCCAGGCCACAUUGGUGGGAGGCGAAUGCUCUGACCACUGCGCCAUCCUCGUUCCCCUUUGUUUUCCCUUAUGAAUUAUUAAUGAUAUUGUUGAAUAUCAUUGCAGCCUGAUUUCAGCACCCAGUCCUUUUUGAGAACUGGCGCGGGCCUGGAACUGAGAUCCCUCGGAAGAUCAAGUUUGUUUGUGUCCUGCAAAGGAGGAAAGGUUAGUGGAAUGUGAUUCAAGUGCAGGAGAAUUUCUUUAUUUUAACUCUUUAAGGAGAUGUGUCACGAAAUCUCUCAAAAUUCAAAUAGUGGUCACUGUCACCAAUUUGUGCGGGACAUAAAAACAUCCACUCAAAACGUUAGAGCGAUUUACGUAUGACCCUUGAAAAAUAGUUUCAAUAAGUUUUCCUUAUUUGUUUUAUCAGCCAAUGGAUGAAAAGAUCAAAAACAUGGCCUCUUCGUUUUCCCGCCAAAGACAACUCUAAUAUGGAAAAGGCAUUGCUCGAUUGGCCAAUCGUGUCGCAGUAUAACGUUAAAGCGAAGUAUCGGUUGAUUUCUAGAAAGUUCUCGGGCCGUUUUUUCACCCGAACGUUCGCUUAACCAACCAAAAGCCACGCGCCUUUGUAUCCGUUCGAUGAACCAAUCAAAUCGCUCUAUUUCCUUUCGUUUGUUGCUUCUGUUUUGUUCGCACGUUUUCAGUCCAAGGUCAUACGAAAAUCGCACUUGAAGAAGAUUUUAACGGAUGACAACUGUGCACGUUCAUUUUCAUUGUUUGGAACGUUUGAUAUAAUGCUUCUGAGACCUAAUUGUUUGACACUAAGCUGUAAUUUUGUCACUUGCCAGUAAUUUCUUCGCUAACGUUAAGGUCCGUAGCGAAGAAAGACGCGUAAUUAGCAAUGUGAACAAACAAGACAGUGAGCAUGCUGGGAUACUGUCACGUGGCCCACUUAAGUGCCCGAGUACAAUGUUUCUGACGUGGGUAAUUGAAAAAGGGUGUACAGUCAACUCUCCCUAAGAAGGACACGUUUGGGACCAGUACUAUGUGUCCGUCUUAGAGAGAAGUCCGUCUUAUAGAGAGUCAAAUAAGGGGAGUAAAGAAAAGCAGGGACCAACUCUAGGUGUCCGUUUUUCAGAGGUGUCCGUCUUAUAGAGGAGUCCGUUAAGAGAGAGUUAAGAGACUGUAUUCAUAUUAGCACCCAGCGCGUACCGUAGCUCGUGCACCUGACUGGGCAUCAAGUGUGAACGCUGCCACAUUAGACUUUCUGUCAAGGGAGAGACGAAUUUAUUUGUAUGAUUUCGCUUUUUAUCCGCUAGGGUGACCUUUUUGUGAACGGUGACAGCAAGCUGAUUGAACGAGAUUUGAUAUUUGACGGUGGUGUGGCAUUGGGCGUGGACAAAGUUCUGAUUCCUCUUGGAUUUGGUGGCAAUUGUGAUGUAAUAAAGGAAACGCACAUUAUGGUAAAUAAUGUUUUUUGUUUGCUGUUGACCCCUUGCAAUGCUGCCUAAAUAAACUCCAGAAUUCGAAAUUGUUAACAUCGAUGGAAGCAUCGCUACACUGAACCCUCUUGUUCAUACAUUCUUCUGCAGUGGUGAGCGUAGGAGUGAAGGGGUUUCACGUUUAGUAACAGUGCUGCCAAGUGUUACAGGCCGACAUACCGAUAACAAGUACAAUAAUCAGGAAGUCUAAGUCUCGUCGGCGUUGCUCAGUCUUUCGUCCCGUAGCCAGCGACCUCGAAUGAGAUCGCCAUCUUGAAAAAGACAACGUGAUGUUGUGAAAACGUCGAGAGAGGUUCACUUUGUUUCUGCGGAGUAAAUUCAUUUUUGCGCGAUGAGAAUGCUGUUGAGGUGAAGAUUUCUGAGGAAGAGGGGCAGUGAAAAUUUAAACGAUGGCGCUUCACUGAUUCAUUCCAGUAACUGGUAGUGAACUAUCCCAAUAUACUACUUACUUACUCGAUUUGUGAAUCAGGCUACUUCCAAAACAGUUAGAAAAUGUUGUUGGCUUUUGCUAUGCAGUAGUGAUCUUGUAAGAUUAAUAUGGAGAGGUCAUUCACUCUUCUUGGCAAUGGGAUGGUUAGAGUGUUAACUAUCUGGCAUCAGAUUUACGAAUUCUUCUCAAGCUAAGAAGUAUCUCAAGUAUUGUCUCAAAAUAAUACCCCAUUGAUACGAAAAACAAUCACUUCGUAGGAGAUACCUAAACUGAGGAAGUACAGUCGAAGCUUUCGUAAGCGACCACCUCGGAAAUUCGGCAAAGUGGUCGUAACUAGAGCUGGUCACUUACGAGAAUGAGCUCUCGUAAGCGACCUUAUAGGAGAACAAUAGGGGAUAGUCGCUUACGAGAGGUUCAGAAACUCAUUUGUAAUCCAGAAAGAAAAAACAAAAGAAAUUAAUGUUAAAUGAGUUUCUUUAUGUCUGAUAUAGACAUGGCUAAAUUUUACAUCCAUUUUUUUAGACCAUUAGCGCAGUGUCAGUUCAUUCGAGUGUUGAUUUAUAUACACAACACUCUGAGUGGGUAAUCCCAAAAGUGGUGGCGGUCGCUUACGGGAGCGGUCACUUACGAGAUCUUUUCAUUACAAAGUUCAAGUCACAGUUCAAACGGGGUUUCACAAAGGUGGUCGUAACUAGAGCUGGUCGCUUACGAGAGUGAUCGCAUGGAGAGCUUCGACUGUAUUUGUAAAUUCGGCGGCUGGUUAAAAGAAUCUGGCUCAAUUAUACUUAUCUCGAGAAUAACAUCAUGUCAUGUUUUCAUGAUAGGGCCAAUGUGGAAAUUGUUUUGUUCCUGUGAGUUGCCCGCAAGACACGUCUCUUGUUGUAAGUACAGUUAAUUUUGUAGUUUAUACAGACGUGCACCCCGGUGCCUUUGUUUUUUGCUUUUUUCAGUAUUAGAGACCUUUAGAUUCGAGGACGAGAACGACAACGAGAACGAGAUUUGACUUAAAGUUUUUUCGCGUAUUCUUAAAAAUAGAUAUCACUAAAAGCUUCAGUUCACUUUUUUCCACCAGAAAAGUUAACACGGUUCCUUUGAAGCCCUCUCGCGAUCGCAAAAUGUUGAGUCCCCUGCGCAAUAUUCACCACUUUAGAAACGAGAUGUAAACUUGGCCUAGUUAAAACAGGGGCACCCAACAUCAAUUUUCGGAAAAUAUCUGUUCGGAAGACGAUUUUAGAUCUAGAAUUUUCGGAACAUUUUUUGUAAAAUUUCUUGCUUGCCUACCUCUCCUAGGAUUUUCGAAGAUCUAAAAAUAGGUAUAAUUGCCCAUUUUAAACUGAUUUUUACCCUAAAAAGGUCACCUAGAAUUUGCGGGAGCCUUUUUUCUGGCUGAAAUUUUCGAAAAGGUAAGUUUUGAUCCCCAUAAUUCUCGGAUCGCUAGACUUUCAGCUAGGAAAACCGAACAGAUGAAAAAUUUUUAAGGGAUAAAAAUAUACCUAUAUCUACCGUUUAAAUACUAAAAUACGUUUAACAAUGCUAUGUUUAAGUGGUUUUGAACUAUAUUCUCAUUGGGUGCCCCUGUUAAAAUUCGAAAAGUCUUUUGGGACAGUUACAGAGGACAGAGAAAAGAAAUAGGGCAAUAGUUGACCAGCGCUUUACCAGUAACGAUCCCAGUUUCCCUCCAGUCGCUAAAGUGGCGAAAUUUUACCUGGACAGCCCCUCAGGAGUGGGCAAUAAAACGUUUGUAUCUGUACUUGUGUUUAUUUCCUCUGUUUGUGUUUACAUUAGAGUAAAACCAAUCAUAACUGCACGUAUAGUGACAAUCUGCUGGGCUGUCAGCCAAUCUGUUUACGACGGGAGAGAGUUAAACGCUGCUGUUCUAACUUCUAUGGUCCGAGCUGUCUGGGUAAGUUUUUGUUUCAAUUUGAAGUGUCAGGAUUUGACAAAAGCACCUCUUUUACAAUGCACCCUAUAUGCUCGGUUCUGUUGAGUGUUGUGCUUAGGUUGCACGAUUUGCAGUACGAUUUGCAUGGUGCAAUUUGUCAGUUUGGUCAAAAAUUUGCAUACUCACCGUAUUAGCGUGGAAAAACAGUUGUCCUAACGUUCAACGAUAGCUAUGAAGAUCUGUGAAGUAUACUUCAGUACCUUUCUCUUUUGAAUUUGUUUAAGAGUUUGUCAACGAAAGUAGUGAAUUGUAAGAACUCUUUAAUCAAAGACAAAGCUGCAGGUUCUAGACUAGUGCAAGCCUCCCAUACGUACUCUGAAUUGUAUUGUGCAUUGGUAACAACAAACGCCGGAAUAAUUACGUAUUAUAGAUGAAAAUGGUAAUUUUGGAAAAAGGCCAUGGCGAACGUCAGGUUUACAUAAAGCCCUACCCAAACGGCAGUUUGAGAAUCUUAUGGUAUUUUUCGCAGUGGCUUACAGAGCGUUUUCACUCACCCGGCCAGCAUCUAUGCAAAUUUAUUGCAACAAAAGAAAGUCUUUACAUAAGAAAAGAAUUCAACUCCCACAGGACUGGUUUGGAACACCAACGUGGCCGCCGUUUCAUUGUUUUGGAACACCAAUAGGCGGAUUCAUCGUGACGUCAUUGUUUCCUUUUUUGCCCCCUGAUUAGCGUACGUGUGAACCCUUAGAAAAUGUAGCCGAAAAUACCAUUUAGGUUCAAAAAUUAAAAGAGCUGGUUGAUUUAUGCAGUUUGUGCAAGCAGGGUGCAAAGAAAGUCAGUUUUACAGCUUGCCAUUCGGGCAAGCUGUAGCUAGCAUGUACUAGCCCACAACUCAUUUCAACUAGCCCCAAAACUCUUUUUGAUUAGCAGGAUUGAUUACAGUUCUUCUGUUAUUCGAAUUCCUAAAAAAAUAUCUCUUGCCCGUCGGGCAAGUUAAAAACAGAAUUCACUAGCCCGAUAGCAAAAUCCACUAGCCCCGGGCUAUCGGACACUACUUUCUUUGCACGCUGGCAAGUUUAAGCUGUUUGCAACCUUUGCAAAGUUACUGGGUGGAAAAACGUUAAUAAGAUCAUACACUCUUUGUAAAUUUUGGGGUUUUUCAGAGAGAAUUCCUCCGAAACUAUCUGGUAUAUCGGGCUCAAAUUUUCAGACUGAAAUUUUUAUGCUCCUCAAUAUUCAGAAAUUUCAUUUUAUUAGCUUCAUCAGAUAAUGAGAAGCCUAUGCUAAUGAGGCAAAAACUGUAAACAAGGAUUCGCCUACCGUCAGUGUUUUCAUUCACGUGGCCAGCAUCUAUGCAAAUUUAUUGGAACAAAAGAAAGCGUUUGCAUAACAAAAGAGUUCAACUCCCAGAGGACUGGUUCGGAACACCAACAUGGCCGCGGUUUCAUUGUUUUGGGACACCAAUAUUGCCGCCGUGACGUCAUGAGACAACACUUUAUAUGGCCGCCAUGACAUCAUGUGAAAGCACUAUAAUUGAAUUUGUAUACAUUUUUAGCUUGCCCUGGUGGAAUUCAGCUACCGUGCAGCAGAAGGGGAAAUUGUAUCGACGGGCUUGAGGGAGACGGUUCUUGUGUGUGUGACACAGGCUACAAUGGAACAGCUUGCGAAAGCUGCAUAGAAAACUCCGAUUCAUGCCCAGGUAUAUUAAAGAAAUUUUUAUUAUUUCUGUCGCUGAAGUAAUGAAUGUGAGACACGUAAGUUUGAUCCGUGUUGGUUGGUCUUUGGUCUUUGGUGUGACCAUUCAAAUGAAAGCUUCUGAGCAGUACUUUUAUUGUGGUACUGUUUAUAAAACUGUAAAAUGUGGUUCCAACUUUUGAGGUGGAUGAAAUCCUGGUGUGUCCAUUUAAUCAAAGCUACCGGGAAGCAAGUGUCUUUGCUACUUAACUGUUAAUUGUGCUGUACAAGAUGAUUCUUACUUUUGAGUCUGUGGAUAAAACCCCAAUGUGUGACCAUUCAAAUGGAACUUGAGCUACUGAGCAGUUCUUUCCUGCGUUGUUGUUUUUUAUGCUGUAAGGUGUUCCUUAAUUUUGAGGUUGUUGAAGAAAUUCACUGAAAUGUCACUUUUUUGGCAUUCCUAACCUAUGGUUUCCCUUUCUAUUUUAGUAUUUAAUAGUAAUGAAAUAAUGAAUAUAUGAAAAAAAAUUGAUAUUAAGAUACCACUAUCUUUCAGUGCCCUCUGUCACAUGCAAUGUGGACAAUGGAGGCUGCCAUGUGUUUGCAGUGUGCCAUAAAUCUGCUGUUGAUCGCGUGACAUGCUCUUGUAAACCCGGUUACCGUGGUGAUGGAUACUACUGUCAGAUGAUUGACGUUUGUGCCACUAACAACGGCGGAUGCAGUGUCAAUGCCACUUGUUUCUUUGUUGCUCCAGUAAGUUUGCAUGUUCUCUAAGAGCAUCUGAGCUUUGUAAAAUAAGCGUUACUAUCCAAUACUAACCAACGUCGCAGACAUAAUAGGCUGAUUUAGCAACAGAACAGGAACGUCAUUUGACGACGGGAAAGCGCGCGGUAAGGACUAAACUCGACUUCCGGUGCCCAAUUUGCCGCUGUGCCAUUGGUCGAGCCAGUUGUUUGAUUUGCGCGCGCCGUCGUCAAUUGACGUUUCCGUUCUGUUGCUAAAUUAGCCUAGUAGGCCAUUUCCGAGUUCCCCUGGUCUCUGUAUCAAAACGAGGCUAAGUGCUCAGCCUUUGGUAUGGAAAUGAUUUUUCAUUCUCAUGCAAAUAAACUCACUUUCACAACAAAGGUUGUGCACUUAGCCUCAUUUUGAAAGCGAGGGUUUUUGGAACUCGGAAGUGGUCUAUUAGACCCCGGUCAGUAACGGCUGCGAAGCAGCGACUUUAGGGAGCUUAAUCAACGACGACGGGGACGGCAACGGGUUUAGAAUGACGAAACAACAACUUUGUUCGUGCAUCACGCUUUUUUUGUACAUUUCUUUGCCGACGUUGCACGACUACAACGUGAAAGUGCCUAAAUUCACCGUUUAUCGAGGAGGGGAACUCACGACAACAACUUUUUUUUUUCUUUUCCUAAACUUUGAUACAGUCCUUUAGAAUUAAACUCCAAAAACAUUUCCUAACAUUUGACGCAGUAAACAAGAUAGAAUAAGCGCGAUAAAGUUUGAAGCAGCGCGAAUUAACUUUUUAAGUGACGUUCUCGUGGCCGUCGCCAUCGUUGUUGCUUUAGCUCUCUAUCCGUGUUCUGGGCCUCAAUGGACUCAAACAAUUACCGGAAGUGCGUCUCGAAUUUCCCUUUAAUCUGAUUGGCAAUUUGACAAUGACCUUCUUAACGGGCCAAUCAUGAUGCUUACGCAAAUUCUGGUACAUAGGUUGGGACUUAGAACAAGGAUUUCGGCGCUAGCUCGGAGACGGACAUAACCCUCGUCUAUGGCAUAGGCUAUCCUAUACACGACAAAAUAAAUAUAUUUUCUUUAUUGAUAAAGAAGUACACAAAGCACAAGUUAACGAUAAUAAGAUGCCAAAGCCAGAGGCUUAUAUGGCGUAGGUCAGAGAGUUACAAUGUGCUGCUAAGUUAAUAAGUACAAAAUUUACAGAGAAAAGGCAAACUAUUACAACAUAUAAAGAAUUAUUACUGCAUAUAAAGGAAAAUAAACAACAAAAAUAAAUAUAAAAAAAAUAUAUAAAAAAACUAUAUGAUAAUCUUUUGCAGGGAACUAAGCGCUGUCAAUGCAAACCUGGGUUUUUUGAAGUUGGUUCUACUUGUCAACCGCAUCACCCAAAUUCUCCCUGCUCUCAGAACCACGGAGGCUGUUCUGCUUUUGCUAACUGCGUUGACAAUGGUAAUUUGAUCUAGUUUAACUCUUAUGGCAAAGUACUU